AUGUGUAUGCGUGUAACACAACCUUCGGGCGUCCUAUCUCUCCUUCUCUCUCUCUCGCUGAAUGUGGCUGCGUGGACUCGUGUGUCUGUGCCUAUUUUUUGUUUCUAUCUCCCCCUCUCGUUCUCCUUUUGGCUGGUGGUGGGUGUUCAGCCGCAGCGCAAGCCAACGACAACUGCGAAGGAAGGAACUCAUGUGAGCAAUGCCUGGGAGACGCGAGGAAGGAGUUCGCGCUGCUGCGGGGGCGCUCUGCAUGUGCUGCGCCGCAGGGCCGGCGUCGGUGGGGGUCGGGGCCCGCCGGCGGGACUCGACAGCCCGCAGCGCAGCGCGGAAGGGCGGAGGAGGCACCGCCGCGGCCACAGUGAGCCGUUGACCGCACGGUGGAGGGAGUGUGCGAGUUUGUGCUCAACGCGAAGUGGAGCCACGUCUUGGGGUUUCCUGCGGCUGAAGGGAGGGGGAAGUGGCGGUGCGGACGGCGGUGGAACGGGGCCACACUCACCAACGCAGUCGGGGGCGUGCACGGUGCAGGGGACAACUCCUCCACUGCGGGACAACGUGGAGCAGCUUCGUGCACCGCGUCCCAGCCUGACGGGACUCGCCUCCGCGGAGGGCUGGCCGUGCCCGCUGAGGGAGGGAGGGAAAAUUGCCGGCUGCUGCGUUCACCCUGCGGUGGGGGCGGGUGUGGCGGAUUGUCAAGGGCGGUUGGGGAGGGCCGCAUCACACCAAAGGGCCAAAAUUGUUUGA